GUUUAAUUCAUUUGACAACCACCUGUUUGGGAUUAAUAAUAUGGAAGCUGAACGCAUGGAUCCGCAACAGAAGUUACUGGUAGAAUGCACCUACAAAGCCCUGGAGGAUGCAGGAGUCCCUGUAGAAGCUGUCAGUGGCACCAAAACAGGUGUUUUUAUUGGUCUUAUGAACCGAGACUAUGAAGUCGUCACAAGCAGAGCAGUGAGUGAAAUAAAUCAUUAUGAUGGUACCGGAACAGCAAUGAGCAUUGCUGCUAACAGGGUCUCAUUCACAUUUAAUCUGACUGGACCAUCACUGGCUAUCGACACCGCAUGUUCAUCUUUUCUUUUUGCUCUGCACUAUGCUUUGCGAGCAAUUAAAUCAGGAGAUUGUGAGGCAGCAAUCUGUGGUGGAGUGAACUGCAUAAUAGAUCCCCGCACCUUUGUAUCUCUCAGUAAAGCAAAAAUGAUCUCUCCAGAGGGAAUAAGCAAACCCUUCUCCAAAAAGGCAGAUGGCUAUGGAAGGGGAGAAGGCUGUGGUGUUGUUUUCCUCAAACCACUGAAAAAGGCAAAGGAAGACUACAGCAAAAUCUGGGGUGUUAUAAACAUCAGUGCAGUAAAUCAGAACGGCAGGUCCAUGACUCCAAUCACAAGACCGUCUCGAAUAGAGCAGGAGAAGCUACUGCGCAGCAUUUAUGAAACUCAUGUUGAUCCCUCAGUUGUGCAGUACAUUGAAGCACAUGGUACGGGAACUGCUGCUGGAGAUCCUACUGAAGCUGAAAGCCUAGGUAGUGUCAUUUGUAAAAACAGGUCUCCACAAGUUUCCACUCUGAAAAUUGGUUCAGUGAAAGGAAAUAUUGGCCACACUGAAUCAGCUGCUGGAGCAGCAGGGUUAAUCAAAGUGCUUCUGAUGAUGCAUCACGGAAAGAUUGUUCCAUCCUUGCAUUACUCGAAGGAGAUGAGCAGCAUCGAUGCAGAGAAAUUAAACCUUGCGAUUCCCACAACUGUAGAGCCCUGGGAAGAAUCCAGUGAGUACGGAAGAGUAGCUGGCAUCAACUGCUUUGGAUUUGGAGGAACCAAUGCUCACGUUGUAGUUAGGCAGAUUAAGCAGCUAGAGCCUCUUCCUGCCUUUAAGAGGCCCCUUGAAUUGGUUCUGCUGUCAGCAGCCUCAAGUAAGUCCCUUCAGAUGACAAUGGCCGAUACAGCUGACCAGCUGAGCACAAGAAACUCCGUAACUCUCCCAAGCCUGGCCUAUACGUCUGCCUGCAGAAGAAGCCAUGCCAGCUACAGGUACCGAAAAGCAUUUGUCACAAAUUCGCUCCAACACUUGCAGCAAGAGGUUAUGUUGGCAGCGAGCACUGAGCUUGCCAUGUCAAAGGUGGAACCAGAGCUGGUGUUUGUGUUCUGUGGCAAUGGUGUGACGCUGCAGGAGUUCGGUGAGGCACUGCUGAGCUCAGAGCCAGUGUUCAGAGAGAAGUGUAAGGAAAUAGAAGGGCUUUUCCAGAAACAUGCUGCCAUCAGCCUCUUGCCAACAAGAGGUCAUAGCCCAAAGGCCUUGUUGAACCCAGAGCUUUCCCAGCCCUUGCUUUUUACCCUGCAGGUUGCCUUAGCUUCCCUUCUGAAAUACUGGGGCAUUAAAGCAGUCGCUGCUAUUGGCCAUUCAGUAGGGGAAGUUGCUGCUGCGCAUUUUGCUGGGUACCUUUCCCUGGCAGAUGCAGUCAAAGUGAUUUAUCACCGGAGCCGGCUGCAAGCAAAGACUGCCCGCGGCAGAAUGUUGGUGGUUGGAAACGUCCCUGUUCAAGAGGUUGCUGAACGUCUGCAUCCCUACUCGGGAAAGGUGUGCAUUGCAGCUUUCAACAGCCCGGUUUCCUGCACCUUGUCUGGGCAUCCAGACUCUGUGGAUGCUGUCCAGAGAGAUUUAGCUCAAGCUUUCAGCCAGAGAAACAUCUUUCUUCAUGUUUUAAACGUCCCAGCGGCGUACCACAGCCCCAGCAUGGAUAUGAUACUUGGGGAGUUGGAAGAGAGCAUAGAGCCUUUAGCAAAACAGGAGGGGGAAAUUGAAGUGAUUUCAACACUGACUGGGGUGGCUGCUUCUGGAAAGGACUUUGCUCAGGGCAAAUUCUGGGCCCAGCAUACUCGUGAGCCUGUUGCUUUCACUCAAGCCAUCAAAAGUGCAGCCAGAGACAGGGAAAAUGUGGUGUUUGUGGAAAUAAGCCCUCACCGAGCAUUGCAGCGAAGCAUAAAGGAAACUCUAGGAAAAGGCACAAGGGUGUUCUCUUCUUUGCAAACUGAUGCAGAGUAUCAGACACUCUUCACCCUGGUAGGAAAUCUGUUUGAACUGGGAUAUAAUCCCAACUGGCAGCACUUUUAUAGUGGGUACCAAAGUGUUCCAGUGGCCAUUCCGCGGUAUCAAUUUGAUCGCAAAAAACUCAUGGCCUGCCUGGAUAUCCAUCAACAAGCAAACCAAAGAGGCGUCAGCUCCAGUCAUCCUUUGAUUUAUGGCAUAAACAGUGACAACAUGGAGUUUAGCUGCCUGCUCUCACAGGACACGACGUCGUACUUGUAUGAGCACAAGAACAAUGGUGUGGCUUUAGUCCCUGGCGCUUUUUAUGUGGAGCUUGGGCUGGCCUCUGUGAUGAGCAGCUCAAGACCUAAAGUGCCUCUGAGUGCUUGCCAGAUGAGUAUCAGUUUCUCUGCGCCAUGUGUUCUCACACCACAGAGCUCCCAAGUCUUGAGUAUCAAGCUGAGUCCACAAAAAGCAGUGACCGCCUUUGAGAUACUCUCUUCUUCCAACGCAGUUUAUGCUGCAGGCCAAGUUACAAAGGGGCCUGAAGCUGUGGUGGAGGAAAGCACCAUCUCCUUCCAAGACAUCUAUCAAAGAUGCCGGUCAGUGAUUAGCAGAGAGGAGGUGUAUGAAGCACUGUCUCUGGUUGGCUUUCAGUACGGCUCCAUAUUCAGGCAGCUCAGUGAUGUGCAUUAUUGCCAGGAACUAAAGGAAGCUAUAACAAGCAUAAAGGUGAACAAGGAGACUGUCAGAGAGAUGUACGACUACUGUAUCCAUCCAGUGCUGCUCGACUGUUUUCUGCAGAUGACCGCUGUCAUGACCUCAAGGACGUUCCCGUCCAGAGCAGGCUUUCCUUCAGGGAUAGGCAGCCUGGUGGUGCUCCGACCGCUGGAGGAAGAAAUGAUGAUAUAUAUGAGAACAAGCAAAUCCAUUGGGAACUGCCUAGAGGUCUGUGGAUGCUUUAUGGACAAACAUGGCUCCGUUUUGGCUGAGCUCAAGCACGUUGCCAUCACUUUCAUGAAGCAAGCAUCUUCCAGAGACAAUGAGUUCAUGUUUGAAAACAAGUGGAAAGAAGUCUCCCCUUCACAGACAGUUGGACAUCUGGGGACUAUGCCGAGAGUUCUAGUGUUUGCUGACAAAUUUGGGAUA